AAACUUUCCAACUACACGAAACUCUACAGUGGGCCAUUUUGUUGAAGAGAAUGGCAGAUAUUGCUGUAAAUGGGAGUGAAAGUGCUCCUUACAUAACAAAAUCUCCAACGAAGUUUCGUGAAAACUUUUGGGGAUCUGAAGAUGCUGGCAUGGAUGCACUCAUGACCCGUACGAAAAAUUCACUUUCAACGUUGGAUGCGAUUAACAAGUUCUACUCAAGAAGAGCCGCUAUCGAAAGAGAAUAUGCUUCAAAUUUGAAGGAACUAGUUUCUAGUACCCCAAAAUUUGAGGAAUAUGGCACUACCUAUCAGAAUAUGGAGUCCCUGAAAACGGAGACUAGAAGCAUGUCCCAGGCUCAUAGUGAUGUAUCUAAUCAAAUUGAAAAAGAACUUCUAGAAAAAGUUAACGCUUAUAUUACUCAAACCGAACAGCAGAAAUCGCUUGCUACGGAUGCCAUCGAAGAGCUCUAUCAACAGAAGACUGCUUUGGAGAUUGAUCUUUCUGAAAAGUAUGACGCGUAUGAAUACAGUGCUAACAAGCUAAAUUCAUACUUAAAAUUGGCUUCGAAAUUCACUGGUAGAGAACUGGACAAGCAUAAUCUCAAAGUUCGUCAAGCCGCAUUGACUGUUCAAAGGACAGAAAAAGAAUAUCGUGAAACGAACAAGCUUUUAUGUACAGUUACUCAGGACUGGGUUGAUAGGUGGACUGAAAUUUGCGACGCUUUUCAGCAUAUCGAGGAGUACCGACUUGAAUUUCUCAAAACCAAUAUGUGGUCGUACGCAAACAUUAUUUCGACUGCUUGUGUCAAGGACGACGAAGCCUGUGAAAGAAUUCGACUUACUUUGGAGAAAACAAAUGUGGCCGAUGAUAUUACUUUACUCAUUCAAAAGGAGGCAACCGGCACAAAGAUUCCGACUUUCCCUGAAGAACAUAACUACUUCAAGGAAAAUGGGAUACAAAUUGACCUUAACCAAAUUGCUUCGAAAGCUCCUAGCAUUUAUCAUAAUACUUCAAGGGCUGCUUCAUCUGCUUCGUUAUCUACUUCUCAACCUGUUUCGUCUCCUAGGAUCAAGAAAACUGAUUCAUUUUCGUCUGAAAUCCCAUCUCCUCCUACUUCUCCCUAUACUGGUAAAGCACAGCCUAUGAAUAUCGAUCAUUCCUUAUCACCUGAUAUUUCGUUCAGUGUUCCCGAAGCAAAGAAUGAUUACCAAAAAAGUACGGACUUCAGACAAUCUCCUUCAAUAUCUUCAUUUAAUACCAUUCCUAGACAAACAACUGAAGUUGAAACAAAUAGAUUUGAACUUGGUGAACCAGCUUCGCCUUUAAUUGUUCCUACUAAGCCAAGUGAACCAGUUGGUGAAGAUCGGUCAUCAAAAACCAACCUUGAUGAAGCUAUUCUCGGACAAGACUUUCCACCACCUUCCUCGAAUAAUAGAGCAUCAAGACUAUCAUUUUCUCGUCAUGGACAAGGUUCUCAGAGCAGUAUGGGAUCCAUUAAACGGAAGUCGAUUAUGGAACGUAUGGGUCGUCCCACUUCGCCAUUUGUUGGAUCUACAUUCUCUAGUAUGCGAAGCCGUAGUAAUUCGCCAACCAAAGAUUUUUUAAAGGAGUCGACAUCACCAGCUGUUGAUUCUACUCAUUCGGAUGAGGUGGAUGAUAUAGAUCCCAGGGCAAAUGUGGUAUUGAACGUUGGUCCAAAUAUGUUGAAGGUUGGAGAUGUUCCAGAACAGUCGAAUGGUUCCGAGGAUAAAAGCAACGAUCCCAUAGCUGAUGCUAUGGCUCAUUUAAGCAUGUCAGUGAAGAGACGUCAGUCUACUUCUACCACCGGUGACAACAAUGCAGGAAUUAAGCCUGUCACAUCUAAUAAUCGACUAAGCAUGCUUGAUUCUAAUUCACGUAACCAGUCUUCUACUGAUAUUGAUAGCCUGGCUAAAAGAAGUUCGUUAGGUGCACCUCCCGCUGCUCAUACUUCUGCCCAAAUGCAACGCAUGAGCAAUAAUUUUGCAAAUCAAACUAAGCGUGUCUUUGGAGAAAAACGAGGUGAUGUUCCCUUGAAAGACUCACUCCGUCAUAACAGAAGCAAUUUGAGUAGGUCACCAUCGCCCAUGUUAUCCAGACGAAAUUCUAAUGUGAGAAACGGAAUGCUUGAACGUUCUACCUCAUCUUUAAGUAUGAGUCAGCAGGGAACAAACCCUAUAAGUAGAAGUCGUGGAAACUCAUUAUCUGGACAAGGUUCUCGACCUUCUUCUUCACUUUCUAAUCGACCACCAUCUCAGCUUUCUUUGCAGCGAUCUGUUUCUCCGAACCCUCUGGGACAUAACCGAAGGUCUUCGAUUAUGAAUAUGCAGCGCUCUACUUCUCCAAAUCCUUUGAAUAGGUCGAGUGUGAAUAUUUCACAUUCAAGGCCUUCUUCUGGAAUGGACAUGAGGUAUAGUUCUUUAGGUGGUAGAACAUCAAGGCAAACUUUGGAUCGUGCCCCUACGGUUCGCUCACGAUCUCCCGCUUCAUCAAUAAGAAGCGGUUAUUCUAAAGCUGAACCUAGAGCUUCGUUUACAGCUGAAGGAGAAUCUAUCUUAGGGUAUGUAAUAGCUCUUUAUGACUAUAAAGCUCAAAUCCCCGAAGAAAUAAGUUUUCAAAAAGGAGAUACUUUGAUGGUACUCCGCACACAGGAAGAUGGAUGGUGGGAUGGUGAGGUUAUCAAUAUCAUGAAUCCCAAGAGGGGAUUAUUCCCAUCUAAUUUUGUGCAGACUGUUUAAUAAGAAAGAUGUAGGAUGGCUGCAUCUUUGUAUAUUUAUGUUGUGCUGUUUGGUAUCAUCUCAAGAUAGGAGAUGAUGUUGUUAUGAAGCAUUUAAUCUAUGAUCGUAAUUUUCUCGUUCAUUCAUUCUCUUUUAUAACGAUUUUUGAGUUUGGAUCUUACUGGCGAUUAUCAUCAUGGACCAUCAUUUGGAUAUAAUCGACCACUUAGAAACACUAACUUUUUUUAUGUAGAACAUUAACAUAUAAUUGUUGUGUUUAAGGUAAUGUAUGCUAGUUGUAAGAAAAGAAGGAAAGAAAAAUAAAGUAUCACAUUAAUAAGUACGCAUGAAAUAGCUGAAUUUGAGAAGUUGCAUUUUUGACUAUUGUAGAAAACAGAAGUUGUACAUUGA